AUGUCAUUGAUAUGUAAGAAACAUGGAUUGGAAUACCAUUAUUAUGCAGACGAUGGACAACUGUACCUCUCCUUUAAACCAACAUGUCCAGUCUCUAAGAAUGACUCUUUAGAUCGAGUUCAAAGCUUUCUUGCGGAAAUAGUAACAUGGAUGAACAAUAAUAUGUUAAAAAUCAAUGCUGACAAGACAGAAGUAAUUAUAUUUACAUCUCAGAGAAACCAACAGCAUGUUGAGACCAUAACUGUGACUAUCGGAGAUGAAAACAUAAAACCAUCAAAUAGUGUAAGAAAUCUUGGUGCUAUAUUGGACAACAACAUGACCCUGGAAAAGCACAUUAACUCAGUUUGUAGAUCUUGUUAUGGACAACUACGCCAGAUUGGUCAUAUAAGGAAAUACCUGAAUACUGAUGCAACAAAAUUUUUAGUGAAUUCUUUAGUCACCUCACGCAUGGAUUAUUGUUAUGCACUUUUAUAUGGUGUACCUAAAACGACAUUGAAUAAACUACAACAUCUUCAAAACACUGCUGCCCGCAUCAUAACAGGAACAUCCAGAUUUGAACAUAUCACUCCAGUAUUGAAGAAACUACACUGGAUUCCUGUGGUUUACCGUGUAGAUUUUAAAAUCCUUAUGCAAACUUAUAAAGCCCUACAUGACCAGUCACCAAUUUACCUUAAACAUUUACUGGCGCUAUAUCAACCAACAAGAAACUUCAAAGCAACUUUGCUUUUAGCAGAAAGCAAAACUGAUUUGCGAGAUGCCUUAAAUGCCAUGAGUGAGUACUGUAAUAUAUGGAAUCUUGUUGUAAAUGAAGCUAAGACUAAAGUAGUGGUCUUUAGUAAGUCAAAACCUAAGGAUGACUUUGAUUUCAUGUACAAUGGUAUUUCUAAAGUUAUAACGAAAGAAAAUAGAAGUUCAAUGUUUGUGGAUAUUUCCAAAAUGGAAACAUUCAGAAAACAAGAAUACAUGUAUAUUGAUAACAGUGCACACGAAACUUCAAAAUUCAACGCUUCAAAUUCCGAGAUAUUUUGCAAAGUGCAUAGUAACUGGUACCAACGCUAUUUUUCAACAAAAGUUACAACAAAUUUCAGUUCUUGGACAUUUGAAGAAGAACAAAAUUGUUCAAGUAUUAAUAUAACACAGUACAUUCAAAAAAUUCAACCAAAAUUAACAUUUGCAUUGAAAUGUGAUGGUAAAACAGUUCAAAUCGGGCAAACACCUUUCGAAGAUGAGAAAGAACUGGAUGGAACAAUACCUUGUUUUAAUUUUGGUGAUAAGUGUUUGAAAGCAUACUUGAAUAAAUGUUGUAAAGACAAUAGACGUGUUCCAAAUAUAGUGCAUUACGUUAGCUACAAGAAAUCUGCUUUCUCAUUUUUUGACUUUGUAUGUUUUAUAAGUGUUAUACGUUUCGUCAGACCAUGUGUCAUUUUGAUUCAUGGCGAUGCAUUGCCGUCUGGGCCUUUCUGGAAUAAAAUGUUGAAGCUUUCUCCGAAUAUUAUUCAUGUUAGGCAGCAACCACCUAAUAACAUUUUCGGAAAGGCAAUCUUAUAUAAAGAACACACUGGCGAUUUUAUGCGGAUUGAGGCAUUGAUUCUUUAUGGAGGAAUAUAUUUGGAUACAGAUACAGUCAUAGUUAAAUCACUAGAACCACUCCGGAAGUACCCAUGUACGAUGUCGAAACAAGGCGGUUACAUGGCGUCUUCGUUCAUCAUGGCGGAAAAGAAUGCGUUGUUUUUACGGAAAUGGUUUGACGGGUAUAAAUACCAUUAUAACAAUAAUUCCUAUGUUUUUAAUGCUAUGAUAUACCCAAAUCGUAUUUAUAAGAAUUUCCCAGACUCUAUUCAUGUAGAAAAUGGAACAAUCUCUCGGCUAGUGAAUCAAAUAGGUCCUAGUGUGUAUGAAAUAAAUUACAAUUGGGCUGGUAUCUAUGGAUUUCACUUGUUUAGAAGAAGCUAUAGAAAACCUAUAACUGUAGACAGCGUGAAAUAUUUUAAUUCAACGGUAGGGUCUAUCUGUCGGCAUGUCCUAUUUGGAAACAAAGAACUUUGCUUUUAAACGUUUGUAAUUUGAAAUUGAGUUUGUAUAAUGCUACGUACGCCACAACUGUUUAUAUAGGUACAGGCUGUGUGACGGCUGCUCUUAAGAUUUAUGUUUUACAAAAGUUUUGAGUUCUGUUUAACCGCACAGAGCUCCCAGGUACGCUGUCUAAGUGCAAAAGAGUAAAAUGGUAUUAUUAUAUGAUGCUGACACAUAUUCAUUUUGAAUAUUUGUAUAUGUUCUUUUUUAAUGGAACUAAAUAAAAAACUUAUUUCGGGAAGAAUACGGAGUUUAAAUGAGCCUGCGUAUGCUUAUUAUACAUAGAACGUACGUUCAUGCGUAUGCAAUGUUCAAACAAAACCAUAUUUAUAUAUA